AUGCAAACAUGGUGGUGCAAUACCAUUGAUAAUUCUGGAGAACCCAUUGAAAUAAGAAGUCUAAAGAAUGAGAAUUGCAACGAUCCUCUGUUUAUUGGGCUUGAUGGGGUAAUUCAAGCCUUUACAGAGACGCCCCUAACGUGUACAGGUGCCACGACCACCAUAUCUAUAAAUGAGUUAUACGGAGUCUACAGUUACUUUCCAAAUGGACCAUCUGGAUCCUAUCCAACCUCCAUGUCCUGCAAGUGGGUAUUUGAAACAGCCGAUCCAAAUUUAAAGAUAACAUUUGAAGUCAUCGACAUUUAUGUUCAUUGUUCGGAUACACUGAAGGUGUACGAUGGUAGGACGUCCACAUCAACUCUAUUAGCCUAUGCAUGCUGUGUUGCUUACUGCGGAGGCUCCAGCUCGAAAACCACGCCAACAGGAAACAGUUUUAAUGUACAGUUUACAACAGAUGGAACAACAAACGCUGACGAAUCGGGAUUCAAAAUCGUUGUGAUAUAUGGAAAGGAGGAAUCACCCUGUGUAUUACCCAACUCGCACGUUCAGCUCACUCUUACUACGGAAACGACAGUGACAUCACCGCAAUUUCCGACUCCUGCUGAAGGUCAGGAUAUAUGUUCUUACACCUUUACCUACCCCAAUGGCAAAGUUAAAUUCCAGAUUGAGUACUUAGACAUGGAGCCGUAUCUUCCACCCCGUCUAGUCUGUCCGCAUAAAGUAGAAUUAUUUGACGGGCCUUCCACUGCCUCCACAUCUCUUUACAAAGUCUGCAGCGCACCCCCUGUUAUGAGUUUCACCUCCUCUGGUCCAUCCAUGACUAUAAAGUUUCAUAGUGAUUAUGUGCAAAUGAUCGGGGUAGGGUUUGUUGCGAAACUGAUACCUGUCAUAGCAGCACCAAAAAUACCGGAAACAACAACCUCCUCAACAAGAAAGCAUCCUCGUUCGUAUAUCUGUAGACCUAAGAGGCCCCUUACUGCAAUCCAGGGCAAGGCAGACAAAAGGACACAAAAGGUUAUCCAGCCAUGACAUCAUGUAAGGUCCAAGGUACAACCACAAGAGACCGCAGAACAUAUUAACAAUGUCUGAUGUAAAAACGAAAAUCUUUUAAGAGCGCAUUUUUUGGUCAACACAUGCACAAUAUGAAUAAAAGUACACAAACAAAAA